CGCGACUCCUGUUCGACCGACCUUUCGCCUCAGCAGGAAGAGGUACAGGGAAAGACGUCGAGGAAACCUUUGAGCGAUUCCUUAACGUCUGAAUUCGAGAUCUGAUUCGUGGUGCCGGUCCCUAAGUAUACUCGGUGAAGCCUGCGAAGCAUCCGACAUGAAGGUCAAGACAACAGAGCACACAUUCGACCAUCCAUGGGAUGUAGUGACGCGAGCUGUGUGGAGGAAGUAUCCGAACCCCCUGAAUCCGUCGGUGGUGUUCGUAGACAUUGUCGAUCGAGAGGUCAAAGAGGGCAAACUCUACUCACAUCGCCUCCUGGCGACCAAGUGGGGCGUACCGACAUGGGCUCAGAGAAUUUUCGGCGGGGAUAAGACCGCCUACGCCAGCGAACAUUCCGUUGUCGACCCACAACGUAAAAUCAUGACCGCGGUGUCUAGAAACCUGAGUUUCAGCUCAGAGCUCGAACUUGUUGAGCGGCUGACGUAUACCGAGAAGGGCCCGAACUGUACGUUACUGACGCAGGAGACCGUCGUCACCAUUAAGGGAGUUCCGCUCUCGAGCCAUUUGGAGAAUUUCAUCGCUGGGAGUAUAACCAGUAAUGCAGCCAAGGGUCGACAAGCUAUGGAACUCGUCAUUAGCAAAAUCAAGGAUGAGAUGGCCGAAUUCAAGAGCUCGGUGGACGAUAUUGCGAACGAAGCGAAAAAUGUCGCAUCCAGAGUUGAAGAUCUGGUGAAUGUUCGAACUGAAGAGCCCUUACCCCAGCAGCAAGGAUGGUUCAAUUGGUUCCGUGGAUAGAUUUCUGAAUUUAGAGGGUGAUAUGAUUCUCAUUGGAAUCAUUCGGAUCUCAAUCGAACGAGAUCGCCACUCAGGUUGGGCUAAGAUUCACGCGAUGAGACAUCAUGACGAGAACAACUCGGAUAUAGCAACAAAUUGUAGGCAAUAUUUUUCCAAGAACCACUCAAACCGAUCAACAUGGUGUUUAAAGUAAUUGUUGGCAGAGGCUGCAACACCACAUCCGGUUUUCCUAGUGCCCUCACUGAACAAGCUCGAGAACGAUUGAGAGGAGAGAGACCGAGAAUGGAUGACUCGGAUGUAUAUACUGGUCUGCCGAGAGAAUCAGACUUGUACACUUACACCGUUACGAAGUUUGUAAAUUAAGGGCAAAUAAACUUGUUAGCUCGAUGCCGAGAGUAUGAGAGGCACAUUUUGUUGGGUACUGAGCUAUUGAGUCAGGACGUGAAUAAGAACACCGAUGAUU